GCCUGUUUACCUGUGCUCAGUCCCGGUGCCGUCCUGGACCCGGCAGGAGGCCCAUGGAGCCCAGGGCCACAGGCCACAGAGGACAAGGGCCAGACACCCCAGCCAUGGCUCUGGGCCAUUGAUCCACCCGCAGGCCAGCCUGGUGGGGGUGGAGAAACCUUGGCCUGGACAAACAGAGCUGCCGAGGCCUGUGUGUGGGACCGCCACCCACCUCCCACUCCAGGAGGAUGCCGAGGGCCGAGGCCCCCCAGCUCGCCGGCGGGCAGGGUGACGGAGGCGACGGUGAGGAAGCGGAGCCCGAGGGGAUGUUUAAGGCCUCCAAGAGGAAAGCCCGGGACUACAUGUGCCUGGCGCCCCUGUGGCUGGCUCUGGUUGUGCUGGCUUCAGUGGGGGUGAUGCUCUGGUAUUUCCUAGGGUACAGGGCCGAGGUGACCGUCAGCCAGGUGUACGCAGGCAGCCUCCGGGUGCUCAAUCGUCACUUCUCCCAGGACCUUGCCCGCCGAGAGUCCAGCACCUUCCGCAGUGAGACUGCCAAAGCCCAGAGGAUGCUUAAAGAACUCAUCGCCAGCACCCGCCUGGGUACUUACUACAACUCCAGCUCUGUCUACUCCUUCGGGGAGGGACCUCUCACUUGCUUCUUCUGGUUCAUCUUGCAAAUCCCGGAGCAUCUCCGGCCCACGCUGAGCCCCGAGAUGGUGCAGGUGCUGCUGGUGGAGGAGCUGCUGUCCGCUGCCAACAGCUCGGCCCCCGUCUCCUACGUGGCCGAGUAUGAGGUGGACCCCGAGGGUCUGGUGAUCCUGGAAGCCAGCGUGAAAGACAUAGUCGCACUGAAUUCCACGCUGGGGUCUACGGCUGCAGUCGCCAGGAGCCGGUGGUGGAGGUGCUGGCCUCAGGCCCCGUCAUGGCGGUGGUGUGGAAGAAGGGUCUGCACAGCUACGUGGACCCCUUCAUGCUCUCUGUGCAGCCCGUGGCUUUCCAAGCCUGCCAGGUGAACCUGACACUAGAGGGCCGGCUGGACCCGCAGGGUGCCCUGAGCACCCCCUACUUCCCCAGCUACUACUCUCCCAGCACCCACUGCUCCUGGCAUCUCACGGUGCCGUCUCUGGACUAUGGCUUGGCCCUCUGGUUUGAUGCCUAUGCUCUGCGGAGACAGAAGUAUGGCCUGCCGUGCACUCAGGGACAGUGGACGAUACAGAACAGGAGCCGGUCAGGGACUGUGACUAAAAGGAAGGAGAAACGCCGUGAUGUGACUCGAGCCUGUGCCAUUGGGGUGCCAGGCUGCCGGUGUGACUUCAGGCUGUGCGGCUUGCGCACCCUGCAGCCCUACGCUGAGAGGAUCCCUGUGGUGGCCACGGCUGGCAUCACCAUCAACUUCACAUCGCAGAGCUCCCUGACAGGGCCGGGCGUGCGGGUGCACUACAGCCUGUACAACCAGUCGGACCCCUGCCCUGGUGAGUUCCUCUGCUCCGUGAAUGGACUCUGUGUCCCCGCCUGCGACGGGAUCAAGGACUGCCCCAACGGCCUGGAUGAGAGAAACUGCGUUUGCAGAGCCACAUUCCAGUGCCAAGAAGACAGCACGUGCAUCCCCCUGUCCCGAGUCUGUGACCAGCAGCCUGACUGUCUCAACAGCAGCGAUGAGGAGCAUUGCCAAGAAGGAGUGCCUUGUGGGACCUUCACCUUCCGGUGUGAGGACCGCAGCUGUGUGCGGAAGCCCAACCCGCAGUGUGACGGGCAGUCGGACUGCAGGGAUGGCUCGGAUGAGCGCCACUGUGACUGUGGCCUCCAGGGCCCCUCCAGCCGCAUCGUGGGCGGGGCCGUGUCCUCUGAGGGCGAGUGGCCGUGGCAGGCCAGCCUACAGGUUCGCGGCCGACACAUCUGCGGGGGCGCCCUCGUCGCUGACCGCUGGGUGAUCACAGCUGCCCACUGUUUCCAGGAGGACGGCAUGGCCAACCCAGCGCUGUGGACCGUGUUCCUGGGCAAGAUGCGGCAGAACGCCCGCUGGCCUGGCGAGGUGUCUUUCAAGGUGAGCCGCCUGCUCCUGCACCCGUACCACGAGGAGGACAGCCACGACUAUGACGUGGCCCUGCUGCAGCUCGACCACCCGGUGGUGCGCUCGGCCACUGUCCGCCCUGUCUGCCUGCCUGCACGCUCCCACUUCUUCGAGCCCGGCCUGCAUUGCUGGAUCACGGGUUGGGGUGCCCUGCGAGAGGGCGGCCCCACCAGCAAUGUCCUGCAGAAAGUGGAUGUGCAGCUGGUUGCACAGGACUUGUGCAGUGAGGCCUAUCACUACCAGGUGACACCGCGCAUGCUGUGUGCUGGCUACCGCAAGGGCAAGAAGGAUGCGUGCCAGGGUGACUCCGGCGGCCCGCUGGUGUGCAAGGAGCCCAGUGGCCGCUGGUUCCUGGCGGGGCUGGUCAGCUGGGGCCUGGGCUGUGGCCGGCCCAACUACUUUGGCGUCUACACUCGCAUCACAGGUGUGAUCGGCUGGAUCCGGCAGGCGCUGACCUGAGGUGCUGUGAGCCAGGGGCACCUCCUGGACAGAGUGUACAGGGUGCCCGCCAGGCAGACGAACAAGUAUUCUGGGGGCAAGUGGCCCUGCGGAGGCAGGAGGUGGCAUCCUGUCCCCACCAUGCCUCAGUGACUGCACAAGAGGGCGAGGACCAUCAGCCUGUGGUCAGGACCUCCUGGGGGCCCAGGUCCAAUGGGCCAGACCGGUGGGGGGUCACACCCAGCGCUGUCACCUCCCAGUCGAUCCUCUUGGUCUCGUCUUUUUCCUUGCUUCACACUGUCUUGGGGGCACUCAGCAGGACGGUGCAGCUCUCUGACCCAGGAAGAAGCGUCAAGCCCCCUGCUCCAGGCAGAGCCCGGAUGUGGAUGCACAGCACUGGCUCUGGAGCAGAUCCCAGCCUCUGCCCCACCCUGGGGAGUGGGAGGUGCUCCUGCCAGAGCGGAACCUUAAGGCCCUGGGAAGCCAAGUGGGCAGCUGCUGCCAUAAGCCAAAGGGUGGGAUGGCCUCUGCUGGAGAGUCCCGCCCAUCCCUGCCGCCAGUCUAGAAGGGCAGCUCACUCAAGGAAUAAAGCGCCUGACCAGUGA